UUGAGGAACUUUUGAGCAAACAUGAGGGGUCUAUAGUGCAACUAUGAAUAUUGUUUUGCAAACUGAGUGCAUUCUUGCAUGAGCCCGACUGAAUUGGAUCUCACAGCACAGAAAUUUCAAAUAUUAUUAUAUGAUCUCACAACAAGAUUACCAUGAAUAUUUUAAUAGCACAUUUUAUGAUGAGGCUAGCUGGCUGAACUGAAGUUUUGCCAAAUUGAUUGCACCCUUUCAAGUGCAUGACUACUAUUAACUCGGUUCCAAGUAAAAAUGUUGUCCUACAAAAGGACCCUCCUAUUUGGAAUCUUACAACCAUCCAAGUAGUAAAACAUGUUCAUAGUGAAAAACAUGAUCCUGUCAUACACUAAAAUCAUGAUUAUUAUCCUAUUCUUCUUGGUUUGUGUUGGACUAAGCAAUGGUGCCAAUCAAAAAAUACCCUUCCAAGGUAGAGAAGGACAAUGGCAACUGCUUCUCAACAACACAGGCGUAGUUGGCAUGCAUAUGGCCUUAACCUACAAAAAUACUGUCAUCAUGUUUGAUCAAACUGGUGCAGGACAAUCUCGUUACAAACUUCGCAAACGCUUCAACAACGGCACCAGGUGUACAACAAACCAGCAUGAUUUAACCGAUUCAACUUGUUAUGCUCAUUCAGUAGAGUAUGAUAUCAGUGCCAAUAGAAUAAGACCUUUGAGACUUGACACUGAUCCUUGGUGUUCCUCUGGCUCUUUCCUAAGCAAUGGAACACUUCUACAAACAGGAGGUUAUCAUCAAGGUGCCAAAAGGGUUAGAUUCUAUAGACCUUGUGGGAAUAAUCACCAGUGUGAUUGGAUACAAUCAAGGAAAUCUUUAUCUGAUGAAAGGUGGUAUGCUUCUAGUCAGAUUCUACCAGAACAUGACAGAGUUGUUCUUGUUGGUGGAAGAGGAGUUUUCACAUAUGAAUUUGUUCCAAAACAUAGUCCUAAUGAAAAAGCUUUUGAUCUUCCGUUUCUGCACCAAACCAAUGACAGAAACUCUGAAGGGAACAACCUUUAUCCAUUCACUCACCUUUCAUCAGAUGGAAACUUGUUCAUUUUCGCCAACCGCGAUUCCAUCUUACUCAACUUGAGACGCAACAAAGUAAUCAAGACAUUCCCUCGGAUUCCAGGAAAUGGGUCAAGAAACUACCCGAGCUCCGGCUCAUCAGUGUUACUCCCAUUAGACCAUAAAGACAAGUUUCAGAAAGUUGAAGUUAUGGUAUGUGGAGGUUCAGCUACAGGAGCACUCAGAGCUGCUAGAAGUCAAAGAUUCGUUGAAGGUUUAAGAUCUUGUGGGAGAAUGGUGAUCACUGGGAAUAAGCACAGUUGGGAAAUGGAUUACAUGCCGAAACCGCGUUUCUUACAUGACAUGUUGAUUCUACCUACAGGGAACAUCUUGAUUAUAAAUGGUGCUAAACAUGGUUGUGCAGGAUAUGACAAUGCUAGAAAUGCUUCACGUGAGCCUUAUCUUUAUAGUCCAAAUAAAAGACUAGGGAAAAGGUUCAGUGUCCUUAAGAGAACAAUGAUAGCAAGAAUGUAUCAUUCAUCGGCAACUCUUCUUCCUGAUGGGAGAGUAUUAGUUGCUGGUGGUAACCCACAUGGGAGAUACACCUUUAACAAUGUGGCAUAUCCAACUGAAUUGAGACUUCAAGCAUUUGUUCCACAUUACAUGGAAAAAAGGUAUCAUGCUUGGAGGCCAAGUAACUUGACCAUAGAAAAUCAUGCAAUUGGGUAUGGCAAAGAGUUUAGGGUGAGGUUUUUGUUGGGGAGGAGGCCAAGUGAUGAAGUGAAGUUUAGCGUUUAUUCGCCACCGUUUACUACUCAUUCUUUUUCAAUGAAUCAGAGGAUGUUGAACCUGAGAUGCAAGAGAAUGGUGAGAAGUAGUGAGGGAUGGGUGAAUGCAGUAUUGGAAGCUCCACCAUCAUCUGUUGUUGCUCCUUCUGGUUAUUACUUGUUCACAGUUGUGAAUGGAGGUAUUCCAAGCAUGUCUCAGUGGAUUCAGUUUGCACAUGCCUAGGCUUUCUUUAUAUGAAAAAAUAUAUCAAAAGUAAUGAAAGAAAGCUAUAUAGUUAUAGUCAUAGUUGAUACUAGUUAAUUAUAUGCAUUUCCAUUUGGCUUUGAAAUUAGUAUAUCUGAUAAAAAAAUUAUAAGAGUGGGGUAUGCUGUAGUGGUUUUCACAUAUACAAAAUGAAAUUGUUUGAUAAGCUUAUA